CCGGUGCGGUUUCCCGGAGCUGUGCCGGGCAGUGGGAUGAGGGAGGCUGCCGUGGAGGCCGGGGAUGGCGGACCCCGGCGUCCGGGCGUGUGUGGACCUCAGGAAAAAAAAUGGAAGGUCUGCCUGAUGUUGCUGCUUUUGCAACUGAACUUAAAAAGACUCUCAUCCAGUACCAUAGCAUUGAAGAUGAUAAAUGGAGAGUUGUUAAGAAAACGAAAGAUGUAACAAUUUGGAGAAAACCUUCAGAAGAAUUUAAUGGACAUCUCUUCAAAGCCCAAGGUGUUAUAGAUGACGUUGUCAAUAGUGUAAUAGACCAUAUAUGCCCAGGUCCCUGUCGCUUGGAUUGGGACAGCUUAAUGACUUCAUUGGAUGUUUUGGAGCAUUUUGAAGAGAAUUGCUGUGUGAUGCGUUAUACCACUGCUGGUCAGCUUUGGAAUAUAAUUUCCCCAAGAGAGUUUGUUGAUUUCUCCUACACUGUGGGCUAUAAAGAAGGGCUUUUAUCCUGUGGAAUAAGUCUUGACUGGAGUGAAAAGAGACCAGAAUUUGUUCGUGGAUAUAACCAUCCCUGUGGUUGGUUUUGUGUUCCACUUAAAGACACUCCAAACCGGAGUCUUUUGACAGGCUAUAUUCAGACAGAUCUGCGCGGGACGAUCCCUCAGUCUGCAGUAGAUACAGCCAUGGCAAGCACUUUAAUCAACUUCUAUGGUGACCUACGAAAAGUCUUACGAAAGGCAUAAUAUGUUUAAACUUGCAGUACUAUGGUUCCCUGAAUCAACCCUUUCUCUCAGCUGCAUGGCCUGUAAAAAUCAUCCUUUCUUCUCUUCUGUGUAGCCUGUAGAAAAAUUUGAGAUGUUUUUGUCUUAUUUUAUUCCUAAAGUAGAUAGCUGUCUAAGAGAGGGCAUUUCAAUUUUCUUAAACAGUUAUUUGCACAUUGUUUGGUAUGGAAAUGUGUCUAGGAAUGGAGAAUAUGACAGAAAUCCACCAGAAGUAGAAACAGUUCUUUGACCCAAACCUUAAGGACUUGAAUAGUGCCUGAGGAUAAAUAUUUUGGCUGCUUAGAAAUUAGAGAAAGCACAAGCUUCAUGCUGUUAGGUUAAAAUAGUCUAUUUUAGAGCUUUAUGAACAUUUUGUGAAAGUUUUAAUUUUUUUGGAAGUUAAAUAUUAGUGCUUUACUUUUCGUAUGCUCUCUGAGUUUGCCAAUAUCUCGGACUAAAGAGAAAAGCUCCUCUCUAUAUUUUAUAAAGAUGAACUUCAUUGUCAAUUGACUUGCACUACUUUAGGUAUUGAAAAGAUCAGAAAUAAGAAAAGAAUAGAUAUCAUAGUAACUAUAGGUACAAUUCAAAUGCAAUUCAGUUUUGAUACCUAGAUAAUAAUAUUUUGUGGAUAUCUUUAAAAAUAUAUUUGUAUCUUUAUGUGAACUUAUUUUAGGAGUCUUAAAAAGCAUUUGUGCAUGAAUAAGACAGUGCAAAAAACUACCAGAUAUGUGCUGAGGACACCACAUUGAUUGGGCAGUAGUCUAGCUUGUAUGAAAUGGCUGGUGGUAUCCUGUAUUCACCAGUAGAGAAUCAUUUCUCUAGAAAGUCAAAUUCAAUGAAUGUUCUGUAUGUGUUUCAGUUUUAAAAGUAUCACCCACCUCAUAAAGUAUUACUAACUACAUCAUAAAUGUUCACAAUUCGGAUGUAACUUCAGUCUGGAACUAUAACAAAUGCGUUCAUUAAUUUAUCCAAAUGCCCAGAUGAGUCAUUUUAUAACUAGAAUGGACUAUAAUAGAUCUCUUGAUUCUGUGGCUGCCUUAAAUGAACAUUCUGAAAUGAUUUUAACAUUCCAAAUAAUUUUUUGGCUUUUGAACUGUCCACCUAGAUUACUUCUAAAAUAAGAAGACUUGAGGCAACUCCGUGUGUCCGUGCAAAUGUAUUUAUGUUUGUGUGAAUGCACACAUCUUGAAAUCUAUUUCAGUGUUCAGUGUGAGUUCUUUAUGUGUUACUAUUACUGUUUCCAUUGUUUCAUUUCUUUUUUUUUUUCUUUUUUUUUUGUUUGGUUAAUAUGGGGUAAAGUGAGCACUGGAAAUACUUACGUGCUAGAUAGGCCACAAAAAAGCACAAGUGCAUGAAGGUUUGAUCCGUAUUUUACUUUACUGUGUUUUCCUGAGGGUAAAGAAGCAUAAGUCCUUGUUCUUCAGACCCAUUUUGAUAAAGUGGAAAAAGUAGCACUGGUUUUUGUUUUUAUUUUUAUUUUUUUGCUCUUGGAGAUGAUGAGGUUCAAAAAAACACAAGGUGGCAGCGCAUUUACAAUAUCCAUGGCAAAUAAUCUCACAGUUUUUAGAUUGAAAAUGAUGUUUCAAGAUCUGACAGAAGCAAUACACAAACGAUCCUAUAUUCUUAACUUGAAAUUUAUUAAUCACCAAUAUCCUUUUCUAAACUGACCGUAACUUGUGAGUUGUUUCUCUGCUACGUUUUUUCCUCUUGCAAUAGGGAAAGAACACUCAGCAAUUUAGCUUUGCUACCCAUGGAAAUUGUUAAAUGUUAAUUUUGACUUCGUCUGUUUUCUUCUACUUUGGUUUUAUUAGUGUAGAGUAGGAGGUUUUUUAUAUUUCAGUAUUCUGUCUAGGAUGGCAAAAUACCAGCAGAUGUCCAGUUACAGGGUACCCAGAUUGAGUAAGGGAUUUGCGACAAGGUUGUACACUACUACAAGGGCUAUUAUUGCCUGAGCUGGGUGCCCCUGAAGGCAAAUAAGCUGUCCACUCUCAGCUACUCUAAUGUUCCCUUUGUCCUUUUCAACUUAUACCUCCAGUUAGUGACUACAUAAUCCACUGUUGAAAUGUGGACCCACUAUAGGUAAAAGGACCCUCAUGGAAAAAUUUUCAUUGCAAUAUUGUCAGAUGAUGGAUUGAAAAAUUAUAUUUGAAUUACUUGAAGUUUAUAUGCAGCUUCUAGAUGGAACUUGAGAUCUGCUGGGCUGUAGCCGCGUACUUAAAAAAUAAACAGCUUUAUUGGGUAUAAUUUACAUUCUAUAUAAUUUACUGGUUGUGAGUAUACAAUCCAGUGAUUUUUGAAUACAUUUAUAGUUGUACCGCCAUCACCACAAUCCGGUUUUAGAACAUUUCCAUCCCCCAAAAGAUCCUCUUGCCUAUUUGCAGACUCAUAUCUACCCAAAGUUUAGCACAGUUGCGGGAAUACAGAAGAUGAUGAAAAAGACUAGAGUAGAUUUUGGUUGGUUUUGUUUUUAAGAGUAGAGGUAUAUUUGAUUCUAAGCUCAGGAACCUUGUGGUAAUGUAUUAAAUAUGUUAUCUCAAAUGCCAUAAUUAUACAAAAAUUUAAGAAUGUGGUUUGGGAUUAAUAUUAACAUUAAUUGAGCCUGCUGUUUCUAUAGCAAUGCUGUAGAAUAGAAAAAUAAUAUGAGCCAAAUACACAAUUUUAAAUUUUCUAGCAGCCACAUUAAAAAAUAAAAAGAAAUAGCUCAAGUUAAUUUUAAUAGUAUAGCUUAUUUAAUCCAGUAGAUCCAAAAUAUUAUCAUUUCAACAUGUAAUCAAUGUAAAAAAUCAUCAAAAUAGUUUACAUUCUUCUUUUGUACUAAUUCUUUGAAAUCUGGUGUAUAUUUUACUAAUUUGGAUUAGUCACAUUUUAAGUGCUCAUAAUCCACAUGAGGCCAGUGGCCUGUAUUGAAUAGCACAGUUCUAUAGUAUAUGUAUUAAUUUGUCUUUCUGUAAUAUGAAGUAGAGGAUUUCAUGGAAUUACUCUCUUAAAUACAAAAUCUUUUCUGAUCUCCAGAGCCUUAAGUGCUUGCUAAAUGGAGACGUCUGAACAUUAGAAAUAAAUCAUUUAGAAGUUAUCAAUAAAAUAAAAAUUACAACCAAAAAAUAUUUUUCUUUAAAGAUAAUUAACUUUUCACAGAACAGUUAAUGAAAUGAAAGAAUAUAAUCUGCCUUGUUGUUAUGUGGUUGAUUAUUUUCUCUAGCUUAUAGCUAGUUUGUAUUAGAAACAUUUGUAUGCAGGAAAUACUUGGCAUAGUACUGUUUUCGGUACAUGGUACCUAUUUUUUUAAGGAAAUUAGUUUCAUACAGGAAAAAAUAAUUUAUCAUAAGUGAAACUUUUGCAUGAAAUAUUAGUUCUUAUUGAUAACUCUUGAUUAACCUUUGAAGUUUAACACAUUACUCAGCAAAAAUAAUUAUAAGAAUUUAGUGUUCUGCAGUUAUGUAUAAUGUAAACUACUAGAGUAUUGGCAAGAGAUUGUAAAUGUUAAAAAUCUUUUCAUUUCACUGUUCCUUGAGGUUGGAUAUAUUUGAAAUAUGUGUAAAACUAUCUCCCAGUAAAAAAGUUUUCUUUUUUUCUCUCCUUCCUCCCUCUUUCUUUCCUAACUGAAGGAUAUUUUAUCAACACUCAGGGUGAAUUGAAUUAACAUCUCAAGUUAAAAAGUCUGUAAUUGAGGUUGCCUUUAGAGAAGAUAGGAAAAUAUGGCACAAUUUAAGUCCUCAAUCAUCUAUGAAGCUUUUAGGUAUGAGGAAUUCCCUUUGAUGUAGAUAGAAGCUUUACCUGUUUACUCAAGAGCUCACUAGAAUCCUCAGAAUCAGUUGUUAAAAUCCAGUUUCUUUUAAUUCUUUUUAACCAUAUGGAUAAAUUAACAGAACCCAGAGAAGUUAAGGGACUUGACCAGGUUUAUAUUAGAACCUGUGUGGUAUCAUUAUUUGUCUGUUAUUUCUCCCAUACCUUUCUUAUUCAACUUCUAGAAGUAGGAGAUGGAGAGAUCUGAGCAUAGAAGUAACAUUAGAUUAAUCCUAAAGCACAGGAAAUUGGAUUGAUAAUUUUCUCAUUAUUUUGCUGUUUCCAAAGAUUUUACAUGUAUAGUUAAAUAAAAAUUCAUCUCUUGCAAUUCAAUAAAAGCUAUACUAUAUAUAGAUUUUAUUUUUUAGAAAGUUUAUAAUUCUUUUAUGAGCCAAUAUGUAAAACUAAAACCUUUAUUUAACUAAAAGCAUGUAUUAAUGUAAAUAAAAUAUUUAUUUUUAAAUUGCUAUGAAAUAUAUCAGAAUAAAAUUUCUAGACACUCUUAUAAUUGAUCAUUGAUGCUAUCUGUGUAAGUUGCUUUAACGUUAAGUACUGACAAAAAGUUUCAUAUAUCUGAACUUAAAGUAUGUAAUUUAACUUCCUGAAUUCUUACAAAAGAAAAAUAGAAAAAAAGAAGAAAAAAAAAAGAAAAAUAUAAACUGGAAAAUCUUAAAGAUUAGUAACACACAUGCUAAUCUCCUGCCAAUGUCUCAUAUAUUAGACACAAUACUGCUGAGUCUUGAUUUGCUAUUAUAUAGCCAGGAUGAUGAUGAAUGUAUUCUCCCUUUAUUACAGUAAUGUAUAGACAGGGUUUAUUGUACAUGUGUUUAAAUAAUUGUGAUAAUUUGAUUAGGAAUUGUGAUAAUUUCAUUUGGAGUUGAAAAAAGCUGUAAGUGAUUAGAAAGAAACGCUUGAUCUAUGUUAUAAGAAAGCAAUUAUGGAUACUGUGGGCAGUAUGCAAUAGAAAAUAUGACUAUUAAGUUGUUUAAACAAAUAGGGAGUUAUUUUCCUCAUUUAAUAAAAAAUCUGGAUAGGGGUAAUUGUUAGUGUUUAUCAGCUCAAGAAUGUCAGGGCCAGUGUUUCUACAGUGUUUCUUCAUCUUUCCCUCAUAGUCAUAAGAUGACUGACUAGCCCUGGAAGUUCCACGUGCAUUCAAGUCAAGAAGAAGCAGGGAAAGGCAUGGCACCACUCAUCUGUCUCUUUUAUCAGGAAAGCAGACGCUUUCCCACAAGCCUCCAAUAGCUUUUCUUUCCAGUAGUCUAGGUCACAUGACUACCAUAGCUGUAAGUGUGACUGGGAAGGCAAGCAUAAGAGUAUCCAGCCUCUUAGAGACAGGGUUGGUAAUGACUCUUUGGAUAGCCAAUGAUAGCAUCUCUCAGUGGAUCAGCUCUGGGAAGUGUGUGUAAGGCCCUUCAGAUAUCAGCAGGAAAGUGGUAGACUCCCAAAAUAGGAAUGAAAAUAGCAAAGUAGUCAUUCACUCCAUGAAACAUUUAUUGGGCUCCUUCUACAUGACAGACACUAUAUAGCUAUCCUUAAUUGAGGUAACAAGGUGAUGGAGCUUCCUUUGUAGGUUGUUAAUUAAUGGUUGGUAUCACAUGGCAUCCAACAUGAAUAACCUAUGUUUAUAUUAUACCGUGUUUCUAUUCUGGAGCAAAGGGUCCAGAAAAUUGCUGGAAAGUGUGAGCUGCAAAUGCAUCCCAGGAGAUAGAGGGUGGAUCCAUGCUACUUGUGUUAUCAGCUGUACAGGUGAUUAGUGAGGUGUAGUAUUUUGCUGAUAAAAAUAAUGGAGGAAGCAUAGUGUACAAGCACCAAAAGAGGCUUUUUACUCAUUAUUUGGAUGAUAUUCUUCUUUUUCAGGAGCUUUACCUUCCUACUUAGGUUUUGCUUUAGUGACAUCCCUUAAGUACAAGGCACCUGAUUUUCUAUUAAAAGAAGUAGUCAGUCCAGAGAUUGUGCAAAACCGGGUUGAAAUAAUAUGUUUUAUACAGUCAAAAAUGGACUUGUAGAUGGGAGAGGCUUUUGUUUUUCUCUAGCAUUCCCCUCAAUUCCCUCAAUCGAGAUGUCAUUGUUUAGGAUAAGUAUGUCUUCUCAACAACACGAGGAUUUUGGAUCUAAUGGUAGUUAGUAGCCAGCUGCAAUUUUGAGGGUAAGCCCCGCUGUCAUAUAUCCCCUUCCCCUCAAAUAUUUCACACAAAUGUUUGCUAAUUGCUUGAGUGGCUAAGCUCAAGAAUGACUUUCAGAUCUUUUUACAACUCAUGCUGCUAACAGCCAGCUUCUUAAGAGUGAACAUGCAGUUUUUUCCCUCAUCCUUAGGUCCUGUAGCUUUGAAAGCAUCAUCAUGAGGUGACCACUGAAUAUCUUUUGGCCCAACAAUUCCACAUGAGAAUUAUUUCCUUAGGAUAGAUUUCCCCAAACACAGCAAAGGCUUUAUGUAGUGCUACCAAGAAAAGAAAAACAAUUGAUACUGGAUUAGUAUGCAGCUAUCAUAAAUGUUUGUGAAGAUUACACAAAAAUGCUUGUGCUGUACUGAUGGGUAGAUACAAAAAAGUUACAAUAUGAUUACAAGUCUGUAAGAAAAAAAUAAACUAAUGCUAGAAGAAAAAGACAAUGCUUGUCUUUGGAAAGCAUUAUUAUGGUAAUUUUCUACUUUUCUGGAUUUUAAAAUUUUUAUAAUGAAAAAUCAGUUUUUAUAUGAAUUGCUGUGUUUACCUUGUAUCCAGUGAAUUGACUUUCUGGCGUUGGAGAACACUGGGCUGGGAGAUGGGCAACCCAGAUCUAUUCUCUUCUUAGCCACCAACUGUGACCUUUGAUCAGUCAUUACCUCUCUAGCUGUCACUUCUCUUUAAUAAAAUGAGCUUGUUGGAUUAAGUCA